CCUUUUCAGACAACAGAGACUCUUGAGAUCAACAAAUUUCAAAAUCAGACUUUGGCAUGGUAAACAGUAAUAUGUUCUCAGAAGCUGGCAGACACAGCAGUCAACUGAAUGCUCUCCACAAUCAUGGUUAGUUCCAAUGAGACAAUGGUGACAGAAUUUGUCCUGGAAGGGUUCUCAGAGCACCCUGGUCUACAGCUGUUCCUGAUUGGUUGCUUCCUGACCCUUUACACGAUGUCUCUACUAGGCAACAUUGUCAUCAUUGCUUUGGUCACCUCCAGCCCUGGGCUCCACAGUCCCAUGUACUUUUUCCUGUGCAACCUGGCUACCAUGGAUAUUGUCUGUAUCUCCUCCGUGCUGCCCAAGACACUGGUUGGUCUAAUCUCUGAUGACAACACCAUCUCCUUCAAGGGGUGCAUGGCCCAGCUCUUCUUCCUUGUGUGGUCUGGAUCCUCUGAGCUACUGCUGCUCACAGUCAUGGCCUAUGACCGCUACAUGGCCAUCUGCCAUCCUCUGCACUACAGCUCUAGGAUGAGCCCACACCUGUGUGGGGCCCUAGCCAUGGGUGUGUGGUCCAUCUGUGCUCUGAAUGCAUCUAUCAACACUACUGAACACAUUCUUCAUCAGUUUACUCCUUAUUCUUCUUAA